UCAGCUUCUAAGUUCUUACAGCAAAAGGAAUAGAACAAAAGUAAAAGAAACAGCAAAAGAAAAAAUUUACGAGCUAUUUUCUUUUUAUGAGAGCAAACAGAUAGACAAUGUCAGACUAUCUUCCAAAUGAAGUUCUAAUAGAUAUACUUGUGAGACUACCUGUGAAGUCACUGCUGAGAUUCAGGUGUGUUUCGAGGAUAUGGAACUCUCUCAUUUCUAGCCCUGCAUUCAUCAACACCCAUCUCAACCAAGCUCUUCUUCAACAAACCAACCAGGAAAUGCUUCUCUUUCGAUACUACUAUUCCAUAGAUUAUGUAAUGGAAGAUGACCAUGGAAUCCACAUGACAGUCAAUGACAGGCGUGAAGAACGCUUCUCUUUGCACAUAGAUGAUGAAUCCUUUCCCCACAAUCCCUACUUGAAACUUGAUUUCCCAUAUAGAUGUGGGGGCUACUAUAAACAUUACUUCCAAAUAGUGGCCUCAGUGAAUGGGAUAGUCUGCCUGGCCGACCCAAAUCGCUGUAUUCUGUGGAACCCUUCGGUGAACAGAGUCAUGGAGCUCCCGUUUGCAUUUCAAUAUCCAGAUCGUUCUGUCAUGCAUCAUCUUGGAUUUGGCUGUGACCGAGUCACGAAUGACUACAAGCUGGUAAGACUAGUCUAUUUUGGAAGAAAAGACCAUUAUGUGGUUCCACCUGUGGUUGAGAUUUUCACUCUUAGCACAAAUUCAUGGCGACAACUUGCAGCUCCUGGUCCUAUGUAUGUCACUGUACAGCAUUCAUCAUCAUCACAGUCCUUUGCAUCUGGUGCAUUCCACUGGGUUGCGAAUGCUCCACCAGAAGAGGGCGCUUUCUGCAAUCUGAUUCUAGCAUUUGAUAUGGCUAAUGAGGUUUUCCAUGAACUUCCUCUGCCCAGCUGUUUAGCAGCAAAAUCAAACUUGAAUAUGACUCUUGCGGUGUUGAACGGAUUACUUUCUCUGGUCCCUCGGAAUAAUGGUCCGGUCGAUGACGAGUCUUACUCAGACUCAGUGUGGAUCAUGAAAGAAUACGGCAUGGCAGAAUCUUGGACUAAGCUAUUCAGUAUUGAUAUUCAGGGAGGAGCAAUAAGGAGGGUGCUAUCGUUCACAAAGAAUGGUGAAGUUAUAUUACUUAACAAUUCAAAUGAACUGGUCUCAUAUGAAUCCAAUACCCAACAAACUAGGGAUCUUGAAUACAGUGUAGGCAAGAGAUUCUCAAAAAAAGUGUAUUCUCUGGAUACUUACAUGGAGAGCCUUGUUCUGUUGAAUGUAGCUGAUGUCUUAUAAGGGCUAGAAAAUUUCUAUGAUGCUUGCAAGGUAGUCUAAUAAGAUGGAAAAGAAAGAUAUGUCUGCUUUGUUACUAUAGCUUUCUACGCUCUGGUUUCUAAAACCUACAAAAUGUUCACCAGUCACUUCGCAAUCUCUACUGUCAUUUUUGUUGUUAUAAAUUUCUAGAGUAUCACUGAAGCAGUAAGUAUUACAGUACGUUUUUCAUGCAGAGUUUACUUGUCCUGCAACAAAAUCUAAAAAGUGGGAUGUCUAAUUGACAACCACUUCAGCAUUCCUUUACAAAAUAUAAGCAGACAUCAUAAGGGAUUGUUCAUUCAACGGACAUUUUCUUAUAUCAUUCCUAGUCAAGUGCAGAGGAGCAUUUUCUAAAGCGAAACAAUAAAAGAAAAUAGUUCGGCCAUGUCAGCCUCACUGAUAAAAAGUCCCAAUUCGGCAAAAGAAUUAACCUUACUGGAGUCGUUAAGCCUGGCAACAGAAUGAGAGGUUUCGCCACCCAAAUAUCCUCCCAGAAGUUCAUUUUAUUUCCAUUUCGCACAACAAAAUGACCAACAGCUCAAAAAUGAAGCAUUACCAUGGGAUAUGUGUUUCAAAGGACUGCAGCUGGAGCCUCUCUCAACUAUUUUAGAAGCUCACCCCAUUGGCAUGAAGCCACAUUUGCUUUCAAUCACUCUAUGCAAAAGAGAAUCGUUUUCAAGAGCCUUGUAUAUGUCUAGUUUGCUUCAAAUUCCCAAACCUCUUCUUUAUAACUUAUGAAACCAACUCCCACUUGACUUAAAAAGAUGAUACAUUCAUGCCUGUCUCUCUCAUCAAGCUCUCCAACUUCAAAACCAAAUGGUCUUUUUGUGCUCAUGACCAAAUUAAACAACCUUGAGCUCAGCAUUAAAUGAAAGAUAUGCCAGUCACAAAUUACAAGUUGAACUGAAAGUCACUAGACCACAUCUGACACAAGUUGUUUCAAACUAAAUUGGGCACUGAUCCAAGGGCUCUUUAUCUUCAGUUGGGCAAGAAAGACUCAAGAUUAGCAGAGAGGAAAAAUAUGUCUGAUCUACAGCAGAUAACUUCAUCUCCCUCUCUCAUAUUUGACCAAGUGAAAAUAACAAUUAGAAGAAGUGGAAUCCUUGGAUUUGUUUUGGAAUAUAUGAUUGUGAUUGUAAUUCUUAUGCAGAAGUCGAUUUAAGUGUACUAGUUCGAUUCAUAGGUAGACUGACUUCAUGCAUUGGUAGACUAGUUUGGAACUACUCUAUAUCUGUAUCAAAUUAGUCUACCUCUAUGCCGAAUUAAGUCUAUUGGUAAAUUGAUGUACCGCAGAACUAUAAGUACAUUGCUGGAAAUGCAAGGUUUCACUGUCGUCGUCAAUUCCAGGUUUCUUCUAUUCAUUUAGGGUCAGCCACAUAGUCUCUGCUAUUGUUGUUUGCAUCAGAAUUACUCUAAGGUUUCAGGCAUAUGGAUUUCUUGGACCGAAAUCCUACCUAUAGUCUGUUUGUAUAACUUGAGGAAGUACAAUCAGAGAAAGAUGCUUGUACAAGUACUUUGUGGAAGAACAAAACAGCAGUUUGCCAGGAGGAAGGAAAAUAUAAGUUGAACGAAUAAACUAUAUCACAAAGUUAAGCAUCAUACUAUAGAAUAUGAAUACUACAUAAAGUUCUCUAAUUCAAAACCACUAGGCACUGCUUUACAAAAUAAAAACAGACAUGGAUCAGGUAUUAUUCGUUUUAACAGUAGCAACUUAUCCAAACACGUAAAAGUUCAGUUCAGUUGCUAUUUGUUUUGUGAUCAACUUGUUUGUAGUAACCAAAUGAACUUGUGUUUUCCCAUGAACCUUCAAAUUUUUUGGC